UACUGAUACGUACGUCUUCGUAGGCUCUCAUUAUUUAUUUUGUUUUCCUGUCUUUUGUAAAAAUAAAUAUAAAUUCAAUUAGUAGCGACGUUCGCAUUUACGUAGAUAGCUGCAAGUACUAUUCUGGAUUGAUCCUCCACUAGUUUUAGUCAACCAUUGUUUUGUGAUAUUCUUUGUUAUUUGAGAUAUCCGAUUAUUGUGAUUCAUUUGCGCAUCACAAUGCCUAUUUUAUUUAGUGUGGUGGCCCGAGGCACAGUGGUUUUGGCCAAAUUUGCCUCAUGUGCAGGAAAUUUCACUGAAGUCACGGAACAAAUACUGUCGAAAAUUCCGCCCCACGAUGAUAAAUUAACGUACUCUCAUGGGAAUUAUUUAUUUCAUUAUAUUGCUGAAAACAAACUGGUGUACUUCUGCAUCACUGAUGAUAAAUUCCAACGUUCGAGAGCGUUCCUCUUCCUCAAUGAGAUCAAACGAAGGUUCACUGCAGCUUUUGCUGAAACGGCCCAGACUGCUAUCCCUUAUGCUAUGAAUGGCGAGUUCGCCAGAGUCCUGGCCGCUGAAAUGAAACACUACACAGAGUCUGGGGACCUCAACACUAUAUCUACAAUAUAUGGAGAACUGGAUGAACUGAAAAACAUCAUGGUUAAAAAUAUAGACAAUAUGGCGACUCGGGGCGAAAAGUUAGAGCUGCUUAUCAACAAAGCUGAUAACUUGGCCACAAAUUCUGUUUCCUUCAACGGCACCGCGCGGACGUUACAGCGCAACCUCUUCUGGAAGAACAUCAAAAUGUACGUGAUCAUGGCGCUCGUGGCUGCUCUGGCCGUCUACUUCAUCGGCGCCAUGGCGUGCGGCGGCCUGGCUUGGAAAACAUGCGUCGGUUAGACUUUACUAUAUGAGAAUAAUAAAAUAAGGCGUAUAGAAGCAACGAUCCAGGCGUCAUAUAAAACUGCAUUGUGGAACCAAAAUCAACGUUCGAGUCGUAAAUCAUUAAGCCGGCCGUCUCACUCGCACUCGCUGUCUCUAAUGAAGUGUGUUGCAGCUUUCUAAUUUUUUUUUAUUGUCCUAAAACCAACGUACCAAUGGUUUUGACCUCACAAAUAGUAAGAACGGUAACAUUGACGUCACAGGAUCACGUAUGAAUGAUCAUAUAAACUUCAUACUGAAAAAUCGAUUUGACAUUUCGAAUUAAGUGGGUAACUAAUUUAAGUCGCCAGUCCAAUUCCCUGUUGAUAGAUGACGAAGGCUUUAUUCCGUGACAAUAUAACUUGUAAUAUGAAAAAAAAAAGAAUAUAAACCGCAUCGUACUAGUCUUUCAAACGGAUAAGUGUUUGCAUGAAACGCGAUGGUAAUUUAACUAAUUUAUCAGAUUACUAGUAAUUUCAGUACACAUUUACCGGUUCGCAUUUCCUAAUCGUUAAAUGGCUUGGAAUUAAAUUAUUACCUCGGUUAUAAUGUUUUUAACAUUCUUAUUUAACCUUGGGUUAAACUACACAUUAUACCUAGUAACCCCAGGUUAUUAAAAUGCAAUUGGUAGUUUGCAGUGCUAUUUGUUACACAGGUUUUAUUUUGUAUGUAUUUAGCCUUUCGACGAAGUUCUUAACCUAAACAUGCAUGUCGAUAAGGGUAUUUAAUUCGAACCAUUAUAGAAAGUAUCGUAACAAUCGGCACACACUAUAUAUAGUCUGUAUCUUUAGGUAUAAAAAAAAAGUAAACAAACAAUUUGUACAUUUUCGGGUAGUUAUAACAUUUAUUGGUUAACCAAUAAACAACCAAAUACAAAACCGCCUGGAUCAGUCACUGAACAACCUGACUUUAACCUACAUUAUUUGAUCAUGUAAUAUUUUCAUCUAUUUCAGGGUAUAUUUUGUUUACUUUUAUUUUAUUUAAAUACCUAAAGAUAUGAGUAUAGUUACGAAUUAUAAAAAAAAAUGCUAUUCUUCGCCCUGGAUCACUCAAUUACAGACACUUAAAACAUCGUCAUUGAAUAACAUUAAACCUUCUUUGUUAGGUUUAUUGGGAUAAAAUUUUGUUCGCAUAAAAUAUAAUUAUUUUUACUUUAUUCUAAUUAAAUAAAUGCCCACAUUAAAGCAUUCUUCUAUUACUGCAAGUACAAAAAACUUGAACGAGUAAUUUUAAUUCCAAAAGUCUAGUUUUCUAUACGAACAUAAAAUUGUUUCAAGCUUUUAAAUGAGCAAAACCUCAUAAAAAUAAAUCCAUAAUAUAUGACGUCUAAAAAUCAUUUAGAAGUUUCAUAAACAAAAAAUAGCCUAUUUUAAAAGCCGUUCCCUGUGAAAAAGGUUUAUGACCCCUGGAUAAACACUAGUAGGAAACAUCGCAUCUAUACGCUAAUAUUAUUUAUUAUUCUUUUGGUUAAUGUAAUGCUUAUUAAAAUGACCAACUUGAUUUUUGAAUUAAUUUUGGCCUGUCUUUGUUCACAUUGAAAAACAAAAAUAAGGGUGGUAU